AGGUAGAUAAAUAGCUGAGGGAUUCUUGUCGCUCUACAGUCGCAACCAAAAGAUAAAGCAAAUAUGAAGACUUUCUGCAUGCUGAUUGCUCUGGCGGCCUUGAUUGCCACCACCUACUCCCAAACAACAACCCCAGCACCCACUCCUGCUGACUGGUUUACUUGUCCCGCGCGCGAUGGCUACUUUGCUCAUCCGUACGAUUGCGUCAAGUACUUCGUCUGUGUGCAGAACAACGCCUGGCUUUUGAGAUGUCCACCCUCUCCUGAAGGUGAGCUGUGGUUCGAUGCUGAGAAGAAGUACUGCAACUACCCACAACUGGUUGCCUGCACUGCUAAUCCCACCGGAAAAUCUUUCUAAAUGCAAAAUUUAUUUAAAACAUUGAAAUUAAAUGAUUACCACUGUGAUUUAUCAAUAAAAUAGGAUACUUGUUUAAUAAA